AUGGCGGUCCCGGAGACACAGCCCGCUCCGCAAGGAAGCGUUGCCGACCAGAAUGCGCCUAUAGCUGCUGCUGCUGAACCGAGAAAGAAGCUCCUUGGAAGACAGUUCUACGAAAGUAUUGGAAGCCCGAAGUACAUUAUUGCACCUAUGGUGGACCGGUCUGAGUUUGCGUGGCGCAUGCUCACUAGGUCGUUCAUGACACCGGAAGACCAGAAAAAGGUUCUCGCAUACUCCCCCAUGUACCACGCGCGCUUGUUCCGUGAGCAAGCGAAUGAUGAAUCGCCGUAUCUCGACGGAAACCCUUCGUUCGAUCGGCCUCUAUUCGUACAAUUCUGCGCCAAUGAUCCUGAUGAUUUCUUGGAGGCCGCGCGUCAUGUGGCACCAUAUUGCGAUGCAGUGGAUCUCAAUCUGGGAUGUCCCCAAGGUAUUGCGAAGAGGGGUCACUAUGGUGCUUUCCUUCAGGAGGACUGGGACCUGAUUUACAGGCUGAUUAACCGACUUCACAACGAACUCUCGAUCCCAGUCACUGCCAAGUUUCGUAUUCAGGAAACGAAAGAGAAAACGCUCGAAUAUGCGAAGAUGAUCUUGUCUGCUGGUGCAAACAUAAUCACUGUGCAUGGACGGAGAAGAGAACAGAAAGGUCACAACACUGGACUGGCUGAUUGGAGCUACAUUCGCUAUCUCCGCGAUAAUCUUCCCCCAGAGACGGUCAUCUUCGCGAACGGCAACAACCUGAACUAUGAAGAUCUGGACCGUUGUCUGGAAGAGACAGGAGCCGAUGGUGUCAUGAGUGCGGAAGGCAACUUGUCUGAUCCGUCAAUUUUCAGCAAGCCCCCUCCGACAACCGAAACGACCGAGGAAGCAGAAGACGGCCCACCUAAGAAGAAGCAAAAGCGCGAGAAGUCGAAGAGAGCGGCCUCCCCCAGUCUUGGUGUAAUGCAGGGUCAUCUCUUCCAGCUGCUUCGCCCCAUGGUCUCCGUGCAUACCAAUGUCCGUGAUGCGCUAGCGAGAUCAAGACCUGGCGAUAUGCCCGCAUUCGAGAAUGUCUUGGCUCUCGUUGAGCAGGCAAUCAAGAAGGGUCUCAAGGAAUACGAGCAGUUCCCGGAACGCUUUGAGAAGGAUCCGAACCAAGAACUGACCGGAUCCAAAGCGACUAUUGCCGAGUACGGCAGACCUUGGUGGAUCUGCCAGCCACACAUUCGGCCACUGCCUGAAGAGGCUGUCGAGCUGGGCGCACUUACUGUGAAGAAGAAGAACGAUGGCAACGAAAAGCCUAAGGCGGACGAGUCUUCUGAAAAGGCCACCCCUGCUGCAGAGGGUUCUGCCACUCCUUCGAAGUCGGACGUGGACGCGACCACCCCUGCCACGACGACUACUCCGGACAACCUGGUGAGCGGUUGA